CCCGGCAGUUCCGGUGGGUCCGUCCCCCCCGCCCGGGCCGGCGCCGCCACACGGGCGGCUCCGAGCGCACCGGCCGAGCCAUGGCCCAGCCCGCCGGGGCCCCCGCCGGCCAGCAGCCCUACAGCAACGGUCCUGUUCCAAAUCAGCUGAUGCAUUCCCCAGAUGGCCAGGGAUACAGCCCUGUGGUUCCAGGAUCGUACUCCCAUCAGAUGCCGGCAAAGGUUCCUCCACAUCAGUCUUCUGGACAGUAUAGCUAUAGUGGCCCUCAGAAUGUUUCUCAAUUAAACAGUUACCAAGGACCUGGCCAGACUCUCAACAGACCACCAGUGGCAGCUUUCUCUGGGUCACCUGUACAACAGCCAGGUCCUGUUCCACAAGUGUUGCCACCUGCAUUGCCGAACUCAGCUGCUGUAUCGUCUGCUGGGAGCUUUCCUCCUGGAGCCAGCCCACCGGUGCUUUCAAACUGGCAGUACAGCCAGACUCCUGUGAGUCAGCCACUUGGGGCUCAAACAAGCCAUUUGGCUCAUGUGCCUGGGACAGGGUCAGCUCAGCCACCGACSUCGUUAUCAGGAAGUACAAAUCCUCCAGGGAGUUAUCAAUAUGCUGCUUCUCCAGGGGGUCCUCCGMUGCAGAACAGCUACAUGAAGCCAGGAUCUGCACCUCCACCAGUGACUCAGCCUUUAACUCCACUCCACCCUCCCAGGCCACCUUUAGGACCUCCACCAACUGGUGGUCCACCUAGGCCACCAACAGCGAUACAAGGACCACCUAGUGCACAGUCUCUGCUAAAAUCAGCAGCAAACCAAGAAGGUGAUGCCAGAUCUGCUGCCAGUGAUGGGUCUGUAGUGCAAAACAGCUACGAUGCAAUUGAAGGUGGUGGCCUCAUGGCAACUCCACAUCAUUCUCCUGCAGCCCCAAAUCUUAAGAUGAAUAGAAGUGUUGGGUAUUCUUACCCUGCCUUACCUCCAGGCUACCAACAUACUUCUCCACCUGGAGCACCAGGAAUGCAUGCAUCUGCUUUGCAAUAUCCAGAUGGAUCAAAACAUUUCCACCAGCCUGCUCUGGGCACUAAUCACUUAACUGCAUCCAUGGGUAGCCUGAAUCUACARCAGGAAGGGUUAAGACCUGUGAAUCUUCUUCAAGAAAGAAAUAUUCUUCCUACCACCCUCCUGAAGGCUCCUGUCCCGAACUUGCAUGAAGACAUCCAGAAGCUCAACUGCAAUCCUGAGUUGUUCCGCUGCACCCUGACUAACAUUCCUCAAACUCAGGCCUUAUUGAAUAAAGCCAAACUUCCYUUGGGGCUCCUGCUUCAUCCUUUCAAAGACUUAUCGCAAUUGCCAGUGGUCACUUCCAGUAUUAUUGUGAGAUGCCGUUCCUGCCGGACAUACAUUAACCCUUUUGUGAGCUUCCUAGACCAAAGGAGAUGGAAAUGCAAUUUGUGCUAUAGAGUCAAUGAUGUUCCUGAAGAAUUCCUGUAUAAUCCUGUGACAAGAGUUUAUGGAGAACCUCAUAAAAGACCUGAAGUCCAGAAUGCUACUAUUGAAUUUAUGGCUCCAUCUGAAUACAUGCUGCGUCCACCUCAGCCCCCAGUGUACCUCUUUGUGUUUGAUGUCUCUCACAAUGCAAUAGAGACAGGAUACUUGAAUACAGUSUGCCAGACCUUGUUAGACAAUCUCGACUUGCUUCCUGGGAACACUAGAACAAAAAUAGGCUUCAUAACGUUUGACAGCACAAUCCAUUUCUACAGUCUUCAGGAAGGUCUCUCUCAGCCUCAGAUGCUUAUAGUUUCAGAUAUUGAAGAUGUAUUUAUACCAAUGCCAGAAAACUUACUAGUAAAUUUAAAUGAAAAUAAAGAGCUAAUUCAAGAUCUGUUGAAGACUUUGCCACAGAUGUUUACUAAAUCCCUGGAAACUCAGAGUGCUCUAGGGCCUGCAUUACAGGCUGCCUUYAAACUGAUGUCGCCCACUGGAGGUAGAAUCACUGUCUUCCAGACACAGCUCCCAUCGGUGGGAAUGGGAGCACUAAAGUCACGAGAAGAGCCAAACCAAAGAGCAACAGCAAAGGACAUACAUCUGACACCAUCGACUGAUUUUUACAAGAAGCURGCCUUGGACUGCUCAGGGCAGCAGGUUGCGGUGGAUUUAUUUCUUCUUAGUGGGCAAUAUUCUGAYUUGGCUUCUCUAGGUUGUAUAUCAAGGUAUUCUGCAGGUAGUGUCUACUACUACCARUCUUACCAUCAUAAACACAACCCUGUCCAGGUGGAGAAAUUGCAAAAGGAACUGAAGCGAUAUUUAACUAGAAAAAUUGGGUUUGAAGCUGUCAUGAGGAUAAGAUGCACCAAAGGUCUUUCCAUUCAUACUUUCCAUGGGAACUUCUUCGUACGAUCGACAGACUUGUUGUCAUUACCCAAUGUAAACCCAGAUGCGGGAUAUGCUGUGCAAAUGUCAGUGGAAGAGAGCCUUACUGAUAUGCAAGUUGUUUCUUUUCAGUCAGCUCUCCUGUACACCUCCAGCAAAGGUGAAAGACGAAUUCGUGUCCACACGAUGUGCUUACCUGUUGUCACAACGCUGAGUGAUGUGUACCUAGGGGCAGAUGUGCAGGCCAUCACAGGGCUCUUAGCCAAUAUGGCUGUAGACCGCUCUGUUUCUGCUACGCUCAGUGAUGCUCGGGAUGCCUUGGUCAACGCAGUGAUUGAUUCUUUGGCUGCUUAUCGCUCAUCCGUGCUGACCAUCCAACAGCCUGGGCUCACAGCUCCCCACUCACUGCGGCUCUUCCCACUUUAUAUUCUGGCACUCUUGAAACAGAAAGCAUUUCAAACUGGGACAAACAUACGUUUGGAUGAACGCAUCUUUACCAUGUGUCAGGUGAAAAACCAGCCUCUUGUUUACCUCAUGCUCAUGACACAUCCCAGCCUGUACAGAGUCGAUAAUCUCACAGAUGAGGGGGCUCUUAACAUAAAUGACAGAACUAUACCUCAGCCACCCCUUCUCCAGCUGUCAGUGGAGAAGCUGAGUAGGGAUGGUGCUUAUCUUAUGGAUGCUGGCUCUGUGCUGUUUCUGUGGAUCGGGAAGAACUGUGGGCAGGGUUUUAUCAGCCAAGUCCUUGGAGUUCCAAAUUAUGGCUCAGUACCACAGAAUAUGACACAUCUCCCAGAACUUGAAACUGCAGAAUCCAUCAGAACACGAGCUUUUGUUUCUUGGCUGAGAGAACAGAGACCUUUCUUUCCUAUACUAUAUAUAAUAAAGGAUGAGAGUCCAYUGAAAUCAAGUUUUCUGCAAAAUAUGAUUGAAGACAGAACAGAAUCAGCCUUAUCAUACUAUGAAUUCCUCCUUCAUAUACAGCAGCAAGUGAAUAARUGAAACACUAGCCUUUGGCUCACUUCUUUAAGGAAAGAUUUUGCGGUAAAGAAUGAUUGUGCUUGUAAUGUCUUCAUUAAAUCUGUGGCCUGAGGCAGUUGAUGAGAAGUUCUCACUGUGAUUUCAACGAACUAAAGCAAAUAAAGGACCACAUCUGAGAAUCAAAUGUGCAACUACACAAUAUCGUACCUUAAAAAAAAAAAUCAAACUGUUGGAACUGGUUGAGCACCUUUAUUUGCUGCAAAUCGUGUUUUUACUGUAAGUAGUUGCAGCAUGAAGUACAUUUACAAAGGCAAUAUUGAAAAGGUGAAAUACAUUUUGUAAAAUAAAGAGUUCUUUGUUGUUCAAAAUGUAUAUUUCUGUAACUUUUUGCUCUUUUUUUUGCUGCUAGAUAUAAAACCUCACAAUACUGAUCAUGAUUUGCAGGGAAAUUCUUUCUAAGUGCAUCCAGUGAUUACAGACAGAGCAUCUCAAUGUUCAACUUAAUGCUCAAAAUAGCAAGGAAACAAGUGUUCAUUGUGAAAUGAACAAAUGCUUAUGAAGUGUAGAAUCUAGUGCUUGGAUUGGAUUAUGGCUAAUAGGACUAAAGGUAAGCUUAACCUGGAUAAGGUGGCUGAAUUUGUUGAAGCUUUUAAUAAGUCASUAUUCUAAUUUUAAAAACAGUGGGGAGGAGUGGGCCCUACAUGAGACAGAGAUUUUAAAAAGUCAUUGGCUGAGUUGGCAGCAAAAGUAGGCUUAGGUAGAUGGUAAAUUUUACUUCUCUUCAGUAAAAGGAAUAGUUUUAAUUUCAAUUUAUGGAUGGUGUGGGAGGGGAAGGGCAAGGAAAGUUAUCUCAGAUUUUGUUUGGUUUGUGUACAGUAGACUUUUGGCUCUUGUUUACAUUAACUGAAUGUUGGGCCCCUCAGAACUGGUGUGUYUCUGAAGCAAGUUUGUUGGCAGCACUUCAAACCAAAUGUUGGUCUGCAACAUUGAAUAUUCUGACAUUAAAAUUGGAAACUAUUUUUCCAAGAACAAAAUUAUUAUAUUGCAUUUGAAGACCUGUAUAUAGUUGCAGACAUGCCUGGAGUUUUCAAAAAAAGGGGUUUUUACUGCAGCUGUGUAGUGAGCCCAAGUCCAAAGCCAGUGCACGCCAAAUAAAAGCUUUAAUAUACUCUCAGAUCCUGCCAGAGCUACAGAUUGAAGCUGACAUCAGACUUGAAGUGAAAAUUUAUAUAUAAAAAUAUUUAAUUAAUUUUAUAAAAGUGUAUUGAUAAUUCUGUUUUGAAGAUUAAGCUAUCACUGAUAGCUACCAUUGUAAAGAGCAUUUAAGUUACUGUAUCCCAAUGCCAAAAGUGUUGCAUAUGGAAAAAUCUUGGUUUGCUUUUUUAUUUGAUAAUGGUAAACUUUAAGGUUUUACAAACCUUACUUUCUGGGGCAAGUAAAGUGAAGAGAUAAAAGACUUUAAAGUGGUCAAAUGUACUGUGCUUAGGACAUUUGGUGAUACAGAUGUCAGCAGGUUCAACAUUUAGAUAAACAUUUGCUCCCAUUUCAGGCUGUAGCUGCACGUGAUUGUCAGGAGUUGCCUUACUUUAGGGGAGGAGUUCCUUGGGAGAAACUAUUCUUGCUGCUUGAGCACAAGAAGCUAAUGUUCAGAAAAAUGGUUAAAAUAGCAUGAAAAGAUUAUUAUAGAACCAAUUUUUAAGCUUCCCUGUUUGCUGCCUCUGUAGCAAACAGUAAUAUAUUUACUUGAACUGCUUUUCAGAGAAUUGCACAGUUUCUAUUCACAGUGAAGAGGUUUCUUUUAAGUUUUGACAGUCUGAUUUUUUUUUUCCAGGGAGGGGGAAAGGGUACUCUUCAUUAAAAUCAUAAAUGGAACCUCUGCACUUGCRUAGGUUCUGACCUAAACCUUGUGUUUUGGGUAUAUUAUCACUCAGAUGUUGAAUUGAAAACCAUCCUUGCAUCAAAUAGCCCACCCAAAAAGUCUGUUUCUUACUAUGACUGUAUUUUGCUACUAUGUCCCUUUUUUAAAGAAAAUUUCGGAGAUGGCCUCAUUGCUUUUUAUGUACACCAGACUAAUGGCUGAAGGUGUCAGUCUUUGUGGCAGUUAACAACUUUGAAUUUGAGUCCCUAGGUUUUACAGAGCAAAACAUAAUGAGUCAGAUGAACCCUCUUGGAUUUCUCUUCACUUUGGAAGAAAUUCUGUAUUGAACUUUGGUAGUUCAUUCCCUCAAAGGAGGGAAACCCUGCUGGUUGUACUGCUGUAAGGGCAAUACAGRAAACAUGAACACACACACACUACCUGUGAUUUCUCAUUUUUACAUACAAUUGAAAAAUGAGGACACUGAAGAUGGACUGCAAAAGUAGGCAAGAAUGGCUCUGGUACUUAGAUCUCAGCACGACAACUCUACCACUGUAAAUGUGUGGUAGAGGUGUGUCUAUUUUUGUAGUCGAACUCUUUUUUAAAAACURUUUCUGUAUUUGACACAUUAGUGUUCAGCCAACAUUGUUACCAUCCAUUUUACUUUCUUUCAUUAUUGUUUUUAAUUUAAUAUAUUUGAGUCUAAGUCCACAUAGACUGUGUUGCAAUAACUAGAAUGAUUCACUUUUAUUUAGAAUUAAUUUCUUAACAGAAUUUAAUCAAAGAUGCAGAAUGGCUGUUAAGUUAAGGGACCAUUAAAUGUGAUUUUAAGGUUCUGUUUACUAUUAUGGAUGUAAUCCUUAUAGUAAAUUUAAUUUUGUAAAGUAGUGUAUAAUAUUGUAAUAUUAAAUCUUUGUUUUCUGAACUCAAACAUUUGAUCUUCAGUAUGAAGUUAUAAAUCUUCCCCCUUCUGAAUUUGAGACAGGAUUUACUUGUCCUCCUUUUUACAGUUUGUAAUUUUCACUGUUUUAUUCCUGUAAAAAGUCAUUUGUAACACAUGCAAAUGCUUAUUUUAUCUGUGCUAAUUUAUCAGAUUUGGCUACUGAAUAAAAUYAAUUGAAAGA